AUGUCGGAAGACUGCCUUUACCUAAAUAUUUUUACACCUGGAGUUUCUAACAUAAAUGUAGCACCGAAACCGGUAAUGAUAUGGAUUCAUGGAGGAGCGUUUUUUGUCGGAUACGCAGAUCUUUAUGAAGGCGACGUAAUAAGUGCUCUUGGUGACGUGAUCGUUGUAACAUUAAAUUACCGUCUUGGCGUACUUGGAUUUUUCAGUACCCAUGACCCGAAGGCUAAAGGUAACUAUGGUUUAUGGGACCAACAUAUAGCUAUCCGCUGGGUGUACGAAAAUAUUGCUGCGUUUGGGGGUGACGUAACUAACAUCACGAUAUUCGGAGAGUCAGCCGGUUCUAGAAGCGUUAUAUAUCAAAUGUUGUAUCCCGGUAAUAAAGGAUUAUUUAAAAGGGCAAUAGCUGAAAGCGGAACGGUAGCUGCUUGGGCAGUUUCUCACGGACAUUCAAAUUAUGAAUCGUCGAUAGAAUUUGCGAAAUCUGUCGGAUGCAAUAAUUUAGCUAAUAUGUCUGCAUGUUUGAAAGGUUAA